AUGUCAGAAGAAAUUGAGCCAAUGAUUGAUGGGCGAUCAAUCGCCGAUAUGAAAGUGGUCGAGCUAAAAGAGGAGCUCGGCAAACGUGGUCUGUCGAAGAUUGGUAACAAAAAUACGCUUCAUGAACGACUUCGUGAGGUAACUCACUUCCGUUCCUUUCGCUUCAUUGAUAUUGUUACCAGUUAG